AUGGAAUUGGAGAAAGAUAGGUCCUUAGCCUUCCUGGACAUCCUAGUUAUGGUGAGAUCUGAUGGCUCAGUUACACACACAGUAUACCGGAAACCAACACACACAGAUAGAUACCUACAUGCCUCCUCACAUCAUCACCUACGACAUUUACAAUCAGUCGUCACUACUCUCACAAACAGAGCGCAAGAUCUCUGUGCCCCUGAAUUUGUGGAACAAGAACUAUCCCACGUUCAAGAAGUACUCAAGAAAAAUGGUUACAUAAAGAGUAGAAGGCAAAAUAAGCGCGUAACAAAAGCUAAAAAACCGGAAGUGAACAGGCAGCCAGCGUACAUGACUUACUUAAGAGGAAUAACGGACAAAAUUGGAACAGCACUAAAUAAAUACUCCAUUAAGACUGUAUAUUAUCCGCCCUCAAAAGUAACGAACAAUUUACGUUCACCAAAGGAUAAGCUACCUUACGAAGCUCCAGUACGUGCUAUAUCGGAGGGAGUUACAGGAAGCCCGUGCUGCCAUGUGGAUUUAGAAUGCACGUGUGACCAGUUGCAUAUAAAUUUCACACUUAAUCCUUAUGUGGCAAUAGUUAUAAUUGCAUGA